GUACGGCCGCUACCCUUCAAAACCCGCCCCUGCUUUUUUUCCCAUCUCCCACCGCACCACGCGAAAAGCCACCGCGGCCGGCGAGUGAUGCUGCACGCCGCCGCCGACGAAGCCGCUCAAUCCUUCUAGAAGCUUCGGGAGGGAUGGACCCCGCCGCGCCCCUCCUCGCUCUCUCCAAGGCCAUCUCCUCCUCCUCCCGCUCCAAGCCCUCCCUCCUCGCCUCCCCGCACCACUUCCUCCUCUCCCGCGGCCGCGGCAGCGGCGCGUGCGGGUGCCUCCCUCCGGCGCCGCCCCCGCCCCGCCGCACUCCCUUCGCGGCCUCCUCCGCCUCGGCGUCAGCGGCGCGGCGCCUCGCCGUACCCGGCGAUCUCCUGCUCCUCUCGCUCGCGCGCCUCGCGCUCCGUGGCCCGGCCCCGCGCGCGGAGGCGCGCCGAUGGUUCGCGAGCCUCUCGGCGGCGUCGAACGGUCCACCGCGCGGCGGUGGAGGCGGGGGAGGCGGUGAUGGGGGCGGUGGAGGGGGAGGCGGCGGCGGGUGGAAGCGCCCGCGAGCUUCGCAGGGAACGGCGGUGGCGGAGGAAGCCUCCGGGCAGGAGGCUGACGUCAUAAUCCUUGAUGUUGGGGGGAUGUCGUGUGGUGGAUGUGCAGCAAGUGUCAAGCGCAUUUUGGAGAGUGAGCCCCAAGUGCGGUCUGCAAAUGUUAAUCUUGCCACUGAGAUGGCAGUCGUGUGGGCGGUGCCAGAAGAUGAAGAUGCGAAAAACUGGAAGCUGCAGUUGGGUGAGAAGCUUGCCAACCAGUUGACAACAUGUGGUUACAAAUCCAACCUUCGAGACUCUUCAAAAGCAAGUUCACAGACGGUUUUUGAAAGAAAGAUGGAUGAAAAACUUCAACAACUGAAACAAAGUGGUCGAGAACUUGCUGUAUCUUGGGCAUUAUGUGCUGUUUGCCUGCUUGGGCACAUUUCUCACCUCUUUGGAGUUAAUGCACCAUUGAUGCACCUGCUGCAUUCCACUGGGUUUCAUUUGUCUCUCUCAAUAUUUACAUUUAUUGGUCCUGGUCGAAGAUUAAUUCUUGACGGAUUAAAUAGUCUAUUCAAGGGGUCUCCCAAUAUGAAUACAUUGGUCGGUUUGGGUGCUCUUUCAUCCUUUGCAGUCAGCUCAAUUGCAGCCUUCGUUCCAAAGCUGGGGUGGAAGACAUUUUUUGAGGAGCCGGUUAUGUUAGUAGCUUUUGUUCUUCUUGGGAAGAACCUUGAGCAGAGGGCGAAGCUAAAAGCUACUAGUGAUAUGACUGGAUUGCUCAAUAUUCUUCCAUCAAAAGCACGCCUAAUGGUGGACAAUGAUCCUGAGCAAUCAUCAUUUACUGAGGUCCCAUGCGAUACCCUUUCUGUUGGAGACUAUAUUGUAGUGCUGCCUGGGGAUCGUGUUCCAGCAGACGGUGUUGUCAAAUCUGGACGGAGUACAGUUGAUGAAUCAAGUUUGACAGGUGAACCUAUGCCUGUAACAAAGAUAGCAGGGACAGAAGUAUCAGCAGGAAGCAUUAACUUAAAUGGUAAAAUCACUGUUGAAGUUAGAAGACCUGGUGGUGAGACUGCCAUGUCUGACAUACUCCGUUUAGUGGAAGAAGCACAGACGAGGGAGGCCCCAGUUCAACGAUUAGCUGACAAGGUUGCUGGGAACUUUACAUAUGGAGUUAUGGCUCUUUCUGCUGCUACUUAUACAUUCUGGAGUAUUUUUGGUUCACAACUUGUACCUGCUGCUAUCCAGCAUGGAAGUGCAAUGGCUUUGGCAUUGCAACUUUCUUGUAGCGUUCUGGUAAUUGCUUGCCCAUGUGCCCUUGGGCUCGCCACACCCACUGCUGUGCUGGUCGGGACUUCAUUAGGUGCAACAAGAGGACUCCUUUUGCGUGGUGGGGAUAUUUUAGAGAAAUUCUCAGAAGUUGAUGCCAUUGUGUUUGACAAGACUGGAACUUUAACAAUUGGGAAACCUGUAGUGACUAAAGUAAUAGCUUCUCACAGAGAGGGAGAUGAAAAUACAAAGGAUUCCUGUAACAAUGAAUGGACUGGUGAGAUUCUGAGUUUGGCAGCAGGUGUAGAAUCAAAUACAACCCACCCGCUUGGAAAAGCCAUCAUGGAAGCUGCUCAGGCUGCCAAUUGCCUCUAUCUGCAGGCAAAAGAUGGAUCCUUCAUGGAAGAACCUGGGUCUGGUGCUGUGGCGACCAUUGGCGAGAAACAGGUUUCAGUUGGAACACUUGAUUGGAUCAGGAGGCAUGGAGUUCUUCACAAUCCAUUUGCUGAUGGAGAAAAUUUUGGUCAGUCUGUUGCAUAUGUAGCUGUGGAUGGUACUCUAGCUGGACUUAUUUGUUUUGAGGAUAAGCUGAGAGAAGAUUCUCAUCAAAUUAUUGAUAUCCUAUCUAAGCAAGGGAUUAGUGUGUAUAUGUUGUCUGGGGACAAGAAAAGUGCUGCUAUGAAUGUAGCUUCACUUGUUGGUAUCCAGGCAGACAAGGUCAUUGCUGAAGUUAAACCACAUGAGAAGAAGAGUUUCAUAUCUGAACUUCAAAAAGAGCACAAGCUAGUUGCCAUGGUCGGUGAUGGCAUCAAUGAUGCUGCAGCACUAGCUUCAGCUGAUGUUGGCAUUGCUAUGGGUGGAGGUGUUGGUGCGGCUAGUGAUGUGUCUUCAGUUGUGCUUAUGGGCAAUAGAUUAUCUCAGCUUGUUGAUGCUUUAGAGUUGAGUAAAGAGACCAUGAGGACAGUGAAGCAAAAUCUUUGGUGGGCUUUUCUGUACAACAUUGUUGGACUACCCAUCGCUGCUGGGGCAUUGCUGCCAGUUACAGGUACGGUGCUGACCCCGUCGAUAGCUGGAGCUCUAAUGGGUUUUAGUUCUGUCGGCGUAAUGGCCAACUCACUGUUCUUGAGAAUGAGGUUGAGUUCAAGGCAGCAACCAAUCCAUAAGCCACAGGCGACCAUUUCUGAUGUAUUACCCAACGCAGCCGAGUCAGAGAAAAGUUAUCCAUCAAAAUGGAGUGCCUAGCUGACAUCCAUUUCUUCAUGACCGGCUGACCUGCUUUGCCUUAAAGAGUUCAUAGCAGUAACACGCGUCGCAGAGAAAACACAGUAAUUUGGCCCGGAACUGGAUGUCGUGAUAGGUAGUCCUGUCUCGGAGAUCAGAUGCAGUCAUAAGAACAAAAGAAUAAUCAGAUAAAGCACAGGGUUAGGAGAGUUCAGCUGCCGCGUGUUGGUGUUUUUUUUUUCUUUGAAAAGAGUAUUGAGUAUGCUAGUAUACAGGUACAGGCCGAUACUUCACACACGAGGGCAACAUCCUCUCCGAUAUGUGGUACUUCUUUCAUGCAUAGUAUUUGCUAUGCUGUAACGUUUUUCCUCUGAUAAAAAACACUAUUGACGAGUGAAAUGACGGUCCGCGUACCAGAACUCAUGUGGUGGCGUCUCUUAGAUACUGUGUAGAGUCGAUACUCUUCUGAAUUCAUUCUCAAUUGUUAACCAUGGUGAUUCGCACAGUUGCACUCAUUGUGGUAAUCAGAUUAAGAGAGAAUCGUGCAAUUUGUUAA